CUUACGUUUUGUUAAGCCAACCGUCAUGCCUCACUUCGAGGUCCCGAGUCUGUUCAAGCCAAGGCUGUUUUUGGGGUGUUUUAGAUUCACCAUUUUAUCCUUAUUUUGUAAUGAAUGCUUAAGACUCUUGACUGUACAGUUAUGGUGAAGGGAUUAGAUCCCUAACCUGUAUGUUAUGUGCAUCUGAUAUGUAUAUAUGUUUAUGGUUAUGAUGUGGACUAGUCCAUAAAAGUCAUUUUUCAUUCAGAUUUUCACAGCUCAUUAGACAUCUUUCAUUUACUGUUUGGCUUCCGCCAGCCCCUUACUCUGUAUUAUUGUCAUUACUAUUAAGCAGGCCUUUGGUAAUCACAGAUUACUGGCCGGUUACGAUACUAAACCCUUAGGGGCAGGUUUGGGUCGUGACAGAAACCUCGAAGGUUUUGAAAUAACCGUGAGGAAGUCUUUCUGAUUACAACCAUGAAGGAUGUAACCGCAAGUAAUCCCAGGUGGAAGCUUGAUAAUAAUCAGUUUAGGGCAGGCUUCUAUAAUGAAUGUGAAAAGAAGAUCUUAAGUGCAUUUCCUAGAACUGAUCUUCGAGCCACUCCUCACAUCGACUCAAAGAUUAAGUUGUGGAGGAAACAAUAUAACACUCUUUAAGAUAUGUUAAAGAUAAGUGGUUUUGGUUGGGAUGAUGAACAGAACAUGGUGCUAGUUGAUAGUGACGACGUAUGGCUGAACUAUGUCAGGAGGGUGCUAGAUGCAAAAGGGAUGCGAAAUAGGCCAUUCCCGUUCUAUGAAGAUUGGUUUAUUCUAUUUGGGAAGGAUAGGGCGACUGGUGAACUAGCUGAGGAUCCUGCUGAUGCAGUUGCAGCCAUGGAAAAAGAAGAUGCGAAUGCAACUACAGAAGAGGGAGAACAGUCUCUUGUUGAACAGUUUAGUAUGAACAUAGGUGAUAUGGACUACUCAAUGUCUACUUCAGGUAAUAUUUCCAACUGUGCUGACUCUACUAAAACUGGACAAAAAGGGGCUCGACCUGCUGAGGGGAUUCCCACUGAACUAUCUGAGAUGGCAAAAAAUCUUGGAUCAUUCAUUGAGAAUACCAAUACUACGAUGGUGGAGAUUGCUCAUAGGAUAGGAUAUUCACAUGACCUAUCCCAACAAAGGAGGUUGGUUAAUGAAGAACUUCUGAAGUUGCCAAUGAGUACUACCCAAAGGUUGAUGGCAGCAUCUAUAAUAGUGAAAGAUGAAGACAAAGUUGACUUGUUCUUCAGUUUAGAUGAGAAUGACAAGAUGAAGUGGGUUUCUUUGUUAUUGGAAGGUCAUAUUUGAAUAUGGUAUCUAUUUUGUGAUGGUCUUUUUGUUUGCCACAUGACUUCGGUAAUAUAUUAUGUGAUACAUAAAUAUUAUAGCUUAGGUAUUAUCGUGGAUGCACAUGGUGCAUAAUUUUGCAUGGAAAUCAUGGAUAUGUAGACUUUCCCUUUCAUGGUGGAUUUC